UAUACAAAAAUCAAAAUAAAUAUAGAAUAAGAUAUGCAUAAAUAGUCACUGAACCAGCAGCAUUGGACAUAUAACAUAGCCAGAUCAACUUGUUGAUAUCUUACGCCACAUGUUCAAAAUUCUUUCGAAAUUUUUAAUCAACAUACCAUUUCAUCAGUAAUUUUUUUCUUAAUUAUCUCAAACAGGCACGAUAGUCUGCAUUCAAUAUUAUCAUAUAACUUUUUUAUUAGAGCUGGCAUUCAUCAUCGAUUUAUUGUUGUUUAAGAAUUUGACCUCCUGACUACGAAAUUAAGCAGACAGAACGUAAUUAAGAAGGAACAUUAUCAAUUAAUAAUAGCGUCAGAUUAAUAAUUUUCAUGAACAAUAAAGACAUAACAUGACAGCUGAGAAAUGUUGCUAAUAUAUUGCAUUAUCCAUAUUAUGUAGUUAAAGUUGAUGAUCUGUAAAUACUUUUUCAGUUGCCUGUUGGAGCUUUAUAAUAGUCGGGCUUCUUUUCUGAUGAAAUGAUAAUACUUGAUACUUUGAUUGUGACAGUGUUGUGCUGUAUAAGUGUCACAUCAACAAAUGAAUGGAAUCCAAUUAGGAAUACACUGUAUGGUAAAAUUCGUGGAAAAGUAACGUCUAGGCUUUCUGGAAAAUAUGUCGAGGAAUAUCUUGGAAUACCGUACGCUUCCCCUCCAAUUGGAUCACUACGAUUUGAGCGAUCUGUACCACCUAUAAAUUGGUCUGACAUUAAGGAUACAAAUUAUUUACCCCCUGCAUGUCCACAAUACGGAUCUGAUUACAUAGAUCUUCACAGAGAAGGUUUUAAUAAGUUUGACGAAGACUGUUUGUAUAUGAAUAUAUAUGUUCCAAAAUUAAAGCAGGAAUCAUUACCGGUGUUGUUAUAUGUCCACGGAGGAUCUAACAUUGUAGGUAUGGGCGCCAUGUUUGAUGGAGAUGUUCUUGCAGCUCAUGGGGAAAUUAUCGUAAUUACAUUUAAUUACAGGCUUGGUAUAUAUGGUUUCUAUGCAGACAAAAGUAAAGGUAUUGAAGGGAUAUACGGUUUGUUGGACCAGGUACAGGCGAUGGAAUGGGUUAAUCAAAACAUCAAGUAUUUUAACGGCGAUCCAGAACGAGUGACCAUCCAUGGUCAUAGCCUAGGGGCCUCAGAUGUUGGACUUCAUAUUGUUUCCAAUCGGACUAAAGGAUUAUUUAAAAAUGCAAUCAUACACAGCGGUUCACCAAUUGCCCAUUGGUUUUUAUCUGACUGUGUGAGAACCAGUAGAAAAACGUCCUUCCCUGUAGAUUGUAGACUAGGGACGACUCGAGUUAAUAAUAAAUUCAGUCCAAUACAGGAUAAAUGGAUGAAUAUAUCUGAAGAAAUGUUUAAUGUAGCUUUAACAAAGGACAUAACAUUUGGAACAUAUCCAAUAACUAUAGACGGAUAUUAUACAACAGAGAGUCCAGAGAAUAUGUAUCGAUGUGAAAACAACAUCCAUGCAGAAUCUGUGUUAUUGGUGUUGUCGAGAGAUGAAUUAUUUCCAUCCCUGUCAACAGAAGGGAAAAAUGACAAUUAUAGUAUUACCAUCGAAGUUUUGAUUAAUUACUAUCAAACACUGUUUCCUGAUGAAGACCAGUUUGCAAAUGAAGCAAAUUUAGUUUUCAAUGACUGGAAAGAAAGUAAAGUUUUACCAUUCCCACAGGCACCACGAAUACAAGCAGAUCUCAUUUUCUAUACACCUAUGAUUAAAUUGGCAGACAUAGUAUCAAGAUGGUUAAAUAAAACAUAUUUACUCAGCUUCGAAUAUAUUUCGGAGACACCAUCUGGACCAUUGUGGCAAGGUGUACCACAUGGCUGGGACUUGUUUUAUAUGUUUGGAAUACCACUUGUUGGACAUCAUCUACAUAAUUAUACAGCAAGAGAUGUAGAAAUGACAAAAAUUACUAUGUCAUUAUUAAGUGACUAUGUGAAAUAUGGAUAUUUGUCCACCAAUGACACUGAAUUGACAGGAGUGUACGAUUCAAAAUUACGAAACUACUACAAGAUAGACUACAAUGGUACACAAGCUGUUGUUACUACUGGAGUCAACUUCAGGAAGCCAUAUUACGAAUUCUGGAAUAGAUAUCUGUAUAAAUAUGAAGACACGAUUUGCGAUACAAGUUCUAAGCUGAGUGUGUGUUCAUAUAAUCUAUUGUUUUCUGUCACAAUAUAUACUCUCUUUUUUACAUGAGAUAAUGUGUAAUUUUGCAAAGUGUAUACAAAUUUCCUUACAAUUAUCAGGGUUGUAAUAGAUGUUGUCUUAUAGAAUUUUAAUUUGGUUGUAAUGCAGAUAAAUAACUAAAAGGGGUUUUGGAAGUGAAUAUUAACAGUUCAAGACAAAAAUUGAGAAUUGAA